AUGAAAGAUUAGUUCAUCGAGAAAAAUUAAGCAGGCACUAAUUAGAAGGUUUUUGAUAUAUCUACUGAAUACUAAGAACUAUUUUAAAAUUUUAAACUCAAAAUACUCGAUUUGUUUAAAAUUAUGGAAAAUUGUUUAAGCAAACUAAUAGAAUUAGAAGAAAGCAUAAUUAAUUAAAAUAGAUCAAUAGAGAUUAAUUCGUUAUCAAAGAUUUUUAAAGAUUGCCAACCUUACAUUGAAAUGAAAUUGUUAGAUUGUGUGAAUCGAUUAAAUAUGUAUAUUAAUGUAAUUGAGUUUUGGACAUCAGAACAAUAAUAGGUUGAGAAUGAGAAAAACUAAGCGAAGACAACUUAUUAACAAAAUAGCAAUCAAAUUAAGAGGCAAGACUUGAUAAAUAUGAACGAGAAUAUUAAUGCUGAAAAUAAGAAAUAGAAUGAGAAUAAAACAAUUGUACCUGAGAAUUAGAAAACGAUUUAAAUUGAGAAAUAUAAUGAGAAUGAGUAUGGAACUGAGAAACAGAAUAUAAAUGAGAAUGAAAUUUCUCUAAGCUAUAAUUAAAAUGGAUCUUAGUUUAUUUGCGAUCUGAGCACAUCAACUUCGACAAAUGACCAGGGGAAAUUGGAAAUAAAAUAGUCUAUCGAAUAGAAUGAGACAUGUUUAGCUAUAGCAUUUAAUAAAAACAAUACUCUUAUGAUAUCAGGAAGUGGAGAAAUUAUUAAAUUAUGGAAACUAAUUGAUGGAACAAUUCAAGACAAUUCAUUAUUAUUAUAUGGACAUACAAAAUUGGUUACUAGUCUAGUUUUUACUAAUGAAGAUAGAUAUUUUAUAUCUGGAGGAGAAGACGGAGAAAUUCGAUUUUGGAAAAAGAUAUAGCCUAAUGUUUGGUAAUCAACCAAGCUAGCUGUCUUUAGUAGAGGAGUCACAGGACUCUUGUUUAAUCAUUCUAAUCAAUAAAUCAUUAGUAUUGGGAAGGAUCCUCUAAUAAAAAUUAUUGAGCUUAAUUAACAAAAGAUGAUGAAGAUUUCUUAAACAUUGGACUAACACAAGUCUUCUCUUUUUUGUAUUUGUAUGGAUGAAUCAGAAUCUAUUAUGGCUUCUUCGGAUGCUGAUAAAUUCCUAUUGAUUUGGAUUAAGGACAAAAAUGGAGGUUGGCAAUAUAAAUAAACAGUAAAUUAAUUUAUGAAUGAUUACUUUGGUCGUAUGGCAUUUAUAAAUAAAUAAACAAUUAUCUGUUAAUAAUGGAGCAAACCGAUAUCAUAAGUGUUUUAUGAAGAAAAUGAAUAAUUCAUUCAACAGCCUAAACUUCAAAUUAAAUUAAGUGAGAAUUCAUCUGAGGAUGAAGACUUAUUUCCAACAGUUUAUAAUUAGAAGUAAGGUAUUCUAAUUUAGAAACAUGGUUAAUACGUGUAUAUUUUAAAAAAGUAAAUGGAUACUUAAUUCGUUUAGAUCUGCUAGCCAGUUGAUUGUUAGGAUUAAUAUAAUUAUGGAAGUCUUACAAACGAUGGAAAUUGCUUGGUCAUUUGGAGUUUUCAGACCAAAAAAUUCCAAAGAUAUAAUCUAAUAUGA